GUAGAAGAGGGAGGGAAAGCGUAGUGUAUGCGUAAACGAACGUGAGAGAGGGAGAAAGAGAAAGAGAAAGAAAGACCAACAGACGAGCCGUAGAAGAAGUAAGAGGGAGAGAGGGAGAGAGAGAGGAGAAGGAGCGCGAGAGAAAUAGAGAAAGGGCGCGCAGGAAGGAGAAAGAGAAAAGCAAAAGGGAGCAACGCCGGUAGAACGCGCGGUGUGUCCUCAUGUCGUACGGCGUUUCUGAACGCGGCCAUUACGAGAUAGCUGCUCGGUGACGCUCGGUGUGUUAGAGGACGGUCGUAGUACAGCAUUGUCGUACAGUCGUGCGUGUAGUAAUUUUCGAAGGUACAGAACGCGCGCUUCUUUCGAUAAUCAAGCACGUGCUCGUUCACGUUUUCGCUUAUAAAAAAGAGCAGCCAACGCGCGGCACAGGCACACACGGUGGUCGUUGCACCGCUUUCAACUACAAGGAGCGUGAAAGGAAGGAAAAAGAAAAGAAAAAAAAAAAAGAGAGAGAAACAAAGCGCGCGCAAAAGAAAAUAAAGAAAGAAACCGAGAUCACGCGACUGUUGAGAAAGGAAACACACGACGAACGACUAAUCGGCACCGCGGCGUCACGUCGCGUUAUUCAACGAAAUUCUUUAAAUCAUUGUGAUCGUUGUUUUUAAUAAGAAGAAAGAGAAAACGAGUGCCGGAACGAAUUAAUCAACUACGAUCGACGAAGAACUACAGGAAGGGAAAAUAAAUUUAAGAAAUAUCGACGAUCGAGAAAAAAUACAGCAGCCAUGUUCGACGUUUUUGGCUCGGUGAAAGGUCUACUCAAGCUAGACAGUGUGUGCAUCGACAAUAAUGUCUUUCGAUUGCACUAUAAAGCAACCGUGAUCGUACUAAUCGCUUUCUCAUUACUUGUAACCUCAAGGCAAUAUAUCGGCGAUCCGAUUGAUUGCAUCGUCGAUGAAAUACCGCCCCACGUGAUGGACACUUAUUGCUGGAUCUAUUCGACCUUUACGAUCCCGAACCGUGGCGGCGUCGUUGGUAUGGACGUUGUACAACCAGGUGUACGAAGUCACGUCGAAGGCGUCGACGAUAUUAAAUACCACAAGUAUUAUCAGUGGGUAUGUUUCACCCUCUUCUUCCAAGCGAUACUCUUCUACGUGCCACGUUAUCUUUGGAAAACUUGGGAAGGUGGCAGAAUAAAAAUGCUCAUGCUCGAUCUAAAUUGUCCAGUUGCAAACGAGGAAACGAAAUGCGAGAGACGAAAAUUACUCGUAGAUUAUUUUACAUUGAAUUUGCAUUCCCAAAACUUCUAUGCAUUCCGAUUUUUCUUCUGCGAAAUUUUAAACUUCAUCAACGUAGUCGGACAGAUAUAUUUCAUGGACUUUUUCCUGGACGGAGAAUUCUCGACGUAUGGAGCGGACGUCGUCAAAUUCACGGAAUUAGAGCCUGAAGAUCGGGACGAUCCUAUGUCCCGCGUUUUCCCGAAGGUCACCAAAUGUACCUUCCACAAAUAUGGUGCGUCCGGUACCGUACAAAAGUUCGACGGUCUCUGCGUUCUACCGUUGAACAUCGUCAAUGAGAAAAUCUACGUGUUUCUCUGGUUCUGGUUCAUUAUCCUGUCGAUUUUAAGCGGUCUUAGCUUGGCAUAUCGCGCUGCCGUCGUCGCAGGACCAAGGCUACGUUUGAUGUUAUUACGCACACGUUCUCGCCUAUCAGAAAAGCACGACAUCGAAACGAUCGCUCAAAAUUGUCAAAUAGGCGAUUGGUUCGUUCUUUAUCAACUUGGUAAGAACAUCGAUCCGUUGAUCUACAAACAGCUCGUAUCCGACUUGGCCUUAAAGCUACAGGGUAAAGAGUCUGUUUAGAGCCAGUUUGUCGUAGGACAUCAUCAUAGGGGUUAUAUUUUUUUGCUCAAGGUCGUAAAAAUCGAUCUUACGGUGCAAAAUGGGAUCCCCCCCAAGAACAACGAAAAUAUCCAUUAAUAUCGUCGUUUUUCAUCUUUGACGAAAGAAAAAGAGAGAGAGAAAGAAAGUCGAAGACGUAUCAUGGGAAAUCUUUUCAUGGAAGUCCCACCAAUCGCAAGAGUCCUUUUCUUGCUCGAUCCUCCCGUGAUUUUUUUCUUUUUUCUUUUUUUUUUUUUUUUUUUCUCCUUUAAUAAUCAUGAUGAUUAUUCGAACAAUUUUUUCCACGGAAGGAUUGAGCUAUAUCUAUAUAAUGACACAUGCUUCUCGAUAGCGCUUUAAAAAAAAAAAAAAAAAAAAUAAAAAAAAUAAAAAAAAAAAAAGAACUGUUAAUCAAACGCAUAGCGCUGAUUAUUUUUGUAGUCUUGCUUUCUUUUCUUUCUUUUUUUCCACGCUUAUUCUAUUUUUCCGUUUGAUUUAUGAUCUAUCAUAAUUCUUAUUCUACUUUGAGAAACGGACUCUUGCGAUUGCCAUUCGACAAUCUGAUCUAUCCUUUGCACGUCGAUCGCCUUAUAUAAAAUUCUACAGGUAGAUUCAGGCGAUGAAAAAAAGAACAAGAGAAACAACUCAUGGAUAUAGAAUUUUUAAAAAAAAGAAAAAAAAGAAAGGAAAAAAAAAAAAAGAAGAAAAAUGUACGUUAGAUCAGCGAUUAGUUAGUUCGAUCGCUUUUCGCCUUUCAUACUGCGCCAAGCAUAUAUAGAAAAAACAAAAAAAAUCUUGUUUUGCAUUUGGUUCGUAAACUUUCGAACGAAAUAAAAAAAAAAAAAAAAAAAAACCCCAUAGCAUACAUUAUGGAGAAAGUGUGAAGGCUCUCGAGUAGCGAUCGAAAAAACGAUUUCGUAUACGUCAUCGUAGAUAUAUAUUUUAAGUAUUUCUGGAACUCGUAGACCUUCGCCGGUCUCCGAUCGUGUGAUAAAAUGGAGGGACGGCGUUUGUUCUUUUUCCUUCUUUUCCCUUCCCCCGCUUUUCUUUCCUUUUUAUCUUCUUUUAUUUUCCUUUCCUUUAUCUUUUCACGAACCGUCGGUACACUACUAUGGUCAAGUUGUUCCAUCCCAACCUUCCUGUGUGUCCAUCUCUAAAGAUCCUUUUUCCUUUCUUAUCUUUUUUCUUCUUCAUUGUUUGCUGCUUCUACUUUAGGACUAAAAUAUUUGCACUGCCGAUGGGACAACUCAAAGAAGGAAACGCGAAAAAGAUUUUUUUUUCUUUCAUUCUCAUAACGUCGUGGAUGUUAUUGUCGCCGUUCAACAUUCCAUUCGUUUCUUUUUGAUUUUUCUUACUUUUUAAUCGCACGGAUAUAUACGAGAUUAAUCUUUAUAUUAUGUUUCAGGAAAACAAAUAAAGUUUCUCGAUGAUAUUCGUUUGGUAAAAGUAAGAGAAAAGAAAAUAAUGAAAUCCUUCAUCAUUUAAUAUAUUCUUAUUUGAUGAAGCUUUUCCAUUUUCGCGUUACACGUCAUUUUCUUCUUGGGCUCCUUUUACAGAGACCUCUGUUUUUCCCCACCACGCCGUCCUUCCAGAAAAGCGUUGUUCUUUUUUCCUAUCAAUUAUUUUUUUUUUUUUUUUUUUUAUAUAUAUAUAGUAAGCAAUAGGAUCAUAUUGUAUUGUAUAUUGUAGGUCGUCCUUUAUCUAUACGGGAAAGAUAAAUAUAUAUUAUAUAUAUAUAUAUAUAAAAAUAUGAAUAUAUAGUGAGACAGAGAGAGAGAGAGGCAGAGAGAGCAUUUGUGUGAGUGUGUAUGUGUGCGUGCGUGCGUAUGUAUGUGAGAGAAAGAAAAAUGAAGAUGUGUAGGAAGGAAAGAAAGAGAGAAAUGAAAAAAGAGCAAAAAAAAAAAAACAAGAAAAUAUGUAGAUACUAUGAUACUGAUUAUACAUCUAAUAUACUUUAUAUCCGUCUUAGCUGAAAAGCAAUAUUGCAUUCCACGCACAAAAAGACAUAAUAUGUAUGUACGUAUUAUCUUAUGAACAUAAAGCGAAUGUUCAUAAGGUUUUGACACGUGUAAUCGAGGGGCCAAAAUAAGACGAAACGUUCUUCUUUUUCUAAUAUAUAUAUAUAUAUAUAUUUGCGUAUGUAUAUGGUGAACGCCUAUUGCGUAUUUACACGACAGUCGAAUAUUUGUAUAACACAUAUACACCUAUUUGUAUCUUGUAUGUUUUUUUUUUUUUUUUUGUAUUAUCUAUACGACGACAUAAUAAUUACCGUCCCGGCGUGCUUAGGGGGUUACCGGAUAAAUAAAUAAACAAAUAAAAGCGUUUAAUUUUUAAGAACGUAUUAACAUGUUGCAUACAUACAUAUAUAUAUACAUACAUAUAUACAUAUAUAUAUAUAUACAUAUAUAUAUAUAUAUAUAUAUAUAUAUAUAUUGUGCAAUUAAUUAUACAAGUUCGACCAAGUUAAGAGCGUAAUAUUUUGGAAAAACAAAAUAGAAUAUUUUUGAUAACCAUAUUGUUAUAGAUCUUACGACAAAUAAUGUAAACGAUGAUCGACCGAGGAAAUAGAAUGAUCGAUUAACAGUUAAAGAAGAAUGUGAAGUUUGAUAAAUAAUAUACAUACUAUAUAUGACUUGUGAUGAUGUAUAUUGGAAUACGUUAUGAAGAUUAUUUGACAUAUUCGAUAAAAUAUAUUAGAAUACGAGGAAGGAAGAUGCGAUAGGUUCUUUCUAUCAAUUUUCAAGGACUGGACCUGGUAACCCUUGAACCCACGCGUUUAUGAUCCUUUCAGAACAUUCUUGAACGAGCAUCGCUCGUUUUUACGGCAAAGACUACGAAUUGAUAGAAUGAUAAAAGAAUUUAGAUACUGCGAGAUAUAAAAAAAAAAAAAAAAGACCUAUUGUCAAUUUUGCGCUUCUAAUCAAUGCGCCUCCUAAGACUGUCGAGAAACUAAUCGAAAACACUCCAUAAUAAUGAUUUUCAUGUUUUUCGUAUGCCUUGUUUUGUUUCUUUUUCUUAUUUUUCUUUUUCUUUUUUUCUUUUUUUUUUUCUUUUUCCUUUUUUUCUCCCCCCUUUUUUUUUUUUAGAUCAUAUACAUCGAGCUACGAAGUCCUAAAAAGCAUAUGUCGGCGCAGAUAUUUUUCAAAAAUAUCCGGCGCGAUAUUUUUGCAUAAUUACUGUUGAUAAUCAAUAAUAAUAAUAAUAAUAAUAAUAAUAAUAAUAAUAAUAAUAAUAAUAAUAACAAUAAUAAUGAUAGUAAUAAUAAUGAAGAUAAUGAUGAUAAUAAAAAAAAAAUAAAUAAUAAUAAUAGUAGUAAUAGUAGUAGUAAUACUAGUAAUAAUAGUAAUAAUACGAAAAGUAAAAACCCUUAAGAGAGACCAAGCAAGCCAUUUAUUCUUUCUCCUUCGAGUUGUGCUUACGACAUUUAUGACACGUUCGUUCUUCGUAAAGUGCCAACGUGUAUACGCAUUCUUUUUUUAUUAUCAUUUAUUUGCGUUAGCAAGAAAAAGAGAGAUACGUAAGUUGGAAAGAGCGAUAAAAAAUAUAUACACACACGAAUAUAUAUAUAUAUAUAUAUAUAUAUAUAUAUGUGCAUAUAUAUUGUACCGGGUAAAGAAAGAAAAGGAAAAACAAAAAAGAAAUGCAAAAUUGCCAACCAUAAUCUUCGUCAUUGUUCACAACUGUUGGAGCUCCGUGUAUAGAAAGGAGGAAGGCAAUACGAUAAUCGUUCGCAUGUAUUCGUGCCUUUGCUCGUGCCACUUGUUUAGAAACGAUAAAAGACGAGAUAUAAAUAUAUAUAUAUAUACACAUAUAAGCAUAUGAAUUUUUGUUUUUUCUAUUAGAUAAAUAGGUGACAAUUUUGCUUUAGAGGACAUCGAUAAACGACAAUGAAGAUCAUUGAAAAGGAACAUCGCUCAUCUUUUAUCAACAUAAACAUAUCACCGUCAUAUAAUUAUCAUUGUCAUCAACGUCAUCUCGUUAUCGUCAUCGUCAUCGUCAUUAUCAUCAUCAUUAUCGUCAUCAUAGUCAUCGGUCUUUCCCUUUUUUGCAUCUUUUGUUCUGUUCCCGUUCGUCGACGUAACAUUUGACGAAAUAUAAUGAUUGUGGUAAUAGGUACAUACAUUGUAGUAAAUAAGUGACGUUAGAAGAAAAAGAACCGCAAGAAAAAAGUGAGACAGAGAGAGAGAGAGAGAGAGAGAGAGAGAGAGAGAUUGUAAUUUCUGCGAUAAUAGAGAAUUUGUAUUUAGACGUGUAAGUAAUCGAAGAAAGGAUCCGUGUCCUUUUUUCUCUUUUAUUUUAUUUCUUUUCUUUUUUUUUUUUUGUCCUUUUCCCUAUAUUUCUCUUCCUUUCUUUUAACGAUCCUACGAUUUCGGGGACUCGUUGUACCGAUUUUGUAGAGAAAAAUCGCACUUUUUCUUACAUACAUAUAUAUAUAUAUAUAUUUUUUUUUUCUUCGUGGCAGCUCCAAGAACGACCGGUGGUAGUCCGCGAAAACAAUAAUUUCCAUCGUUCAAUAUGCCCAAGUUUAUGUUGUAGACUUUAAUACGAAUGUUCUUUGUAAAAUUAAAGAAAUAAAUAUCAGCGAAAUAAAAUAGCCUGAAUCUUUGUUGAA